GUGGAAACUACGUGGGCGAAGGCACAGGCCAUCCACCCCUACAGUAAUUAGUGACGAGGCAGACUACGUAAAACUCGGUUGGCCGAACAUGGAUGCCCCCGACAGCCGUUUAAAAGACUCGGUGGCCGAGAGGGAAGGCAGCCAGUGUGAGACCAGCCCACCUGCUGAAGCCCUCACUCAGGUGUCAGUGGGUUCCAGUGAGACCGGAGAGGCCGGGCUGACCGUGGUCCAGCUCCCUGAUGGCCAGACGAUGCAGGUUCAGGGGGUCAUCCAGGCCACACAGCCCUCAGUCAUACAGCCACCGCAGGUCCAGACUGUCCAGAUAGCCGUGGUUGCAGAGCGUGAUGAUGCAGAAUCGGUCACAGACACACAGAAAAGACGAGAGAUUCUCUCCAGGCGUCCAUCUUAUCGAAAAAUCCUCAAUGAGCUCUCAUCUGAUUCACCAGCCGUUCCCAAAAUCGAAGAGGAGAAGACCGAGGAGGAGGUCGUGGUCUCCAGCGUUGCCUCAGUACCAGUGCCCACCUCCAUUUAUCAGACCAGCUCAGGACAAUACAUUGCAAUCUCCCAGGGUGGAGCCAUCCAACUGAGUAGUCCUGGAGGACGAGCUGAGGUCCUCCAGACAGGCCAGACCCUGACCAUGGCCAGCCCCCCCACCCCGCAACCCGGAGCCACCGUCUUGCAGUGUGCUGCCCAGCCAGGAGACUCCCCCCAACAGUUAUACAUCCAGGGAGGUCAGGUGCUCAUCCAAGCCGCCACUGGAGACAUACCAGCCUACCAGCUGCGGUCUCCCAACUCGGGCCUCACGCAGAACAUUGUGAUGGCGGCGUCCCCUGGCUCCAUGCACAGCCCCGCCAUCCAGCACGCCGAGGAAGUCACCCGCAAGAGAGAGGUCCGGCUGAUGAAGAACAGGGAGGCGGCGCGGGAGUGCCGCAGGAAAAAGAAGGAGUACGUCAAGUGUCUGGAAAACCGCGUGGCCGUGUUGGAAAACCAAAACAAGACCCUGAUCGAAGAGCUGAAGGCGCUCAAGGACAUUUACUGUCACAAAGCAGAGUAGCAGCGACCGUUUCAUGGUCAGGGGCACUCCUACUGAAGACAAGCACACACAGACACGUUUACAGACAGCUAUGAGAAAAAAGAAAGAAAAAGAAAGGAAUUAACUCUGGAACAAAAACUACUUUCACCGUCUUUGUUUCUUCUCCCGCUCGGGCCUGGUCACAGCUGAACUCUGGAAGCUUCCCAGGUGUCGUAUUGGAAGCUUGGCAUUUUGGCUUUUGUCCCUUAUUUGCUGUUCUGCAUGCGUUCACACAAGUGGCGUCACCGCUUUGCGCUUUUUGUUGCUGCCGUGCACACAGGGGAGGCCAGCACACAAGAGUCAGUGGAACAGAAGGGGGGAAAAGGAAAUGGCAUUAAAGACGGCUUCCUGAAAAAUGUACUGCUCAAUUUUGGGAGAUUCGGGAUGCCUCGCGGGGCACCCGGGGCCUCACAACCAGAAAGUUCCUCUUAGAUAUGGCUUAAAGGCGGUGCAUGAAAGUUGUGUAGACCCACCACCACCAGCAACUAGCAAAGCCAGCCACAUUUUCCGCAGUCUUUUUUUUUUUUGUCAUAUGUGUUAUUUAUGUUUUUAUUGCUGGCUGUUUAAAUGCAUUCCUUCAUGCAAAAAAUUAUCAUUUUUGAGAGAUGCAUUUUGUUGGAUAUUGUGAUUUCCAAACUCGAUGUUUUAAUUUUAUAUUGUAGUCAAAGUGGUUCCUCGGGGGCAGUCCGGUGGCUCACCUGGUAGAGCGUGUACCGCACAAGGCUGAGUCCUUACCGCAGCGGCCUGGGUUCGAAUCCGGCCCAGGCCCUUUGCUGCAUGUCAUCCCCCCUCUCUCCCCUGCCUUUCCUGUCUCUCUACUAUCACGAUCCAAUAAAAGGCAGAAAAUGCCCCCCCCCCCAAAAAAAAGUGGUUCCUCGGGUCAGUUCAGCUUUUUUGGUUCAUUCAAAUGAUGUUUAAGAAACCCGCAAGAAUAAUUUAAGUUAAAAUUCUCUUAGCUUUGGCUGUAAGGUCAUAUGUUACACAGUCAGCGCAGCCGCAUACCAUGUGAACCCUUUAUAUUUCUCACUGCUUUCGACUGAAGUUGUCCAAAUCACAAAACAGUCUAAGCCAACUGAUCUUGUUGAAUUUCCAAAACAGGCUUUAUUUUUUCCCUUACUGCACUGAGCUGAUUGUUGUACUGUAUUUGCAAUGGCAGGGCACUGUAAACUCUCCAGUCAAAGGACGGAAAGUAAAUGGUAGAUCAGUGUGGGUAUUUUUGGACUUUGUAUUCUUUUGUGCGAUUGUAUUUUAGGGUUUUCAUUCCAAAAUAUUAUCGGAAAAUGAAAAUACUACUCAAAUACUGAGUAAUUAUUCAGUCUAUAUUUUAUAAACACUGAUGAAUCAGUACUCGAAAACAAUUUUGAGAGGAAGAAAAAAGAAAGAAAUUGACUCAACAUUACUUUAACAUUAAAAAGUAAAGCAACAUCAACAUCAAAUGCCCGUUGUCUCGUUUUGGAAAGAAACUCCUCAUUUUCUGAUUUUAAUGGUUAGAUUAAAAAUGCUCUGUUUAAAGGGUGAUGCCAAUAAUUUUAUAAUGUAAAUACAUAUAUGUUAUUUUCAUAAUAAUGCUGCUUCAUGUGUUUUUCUGCUACGUUUCUGGUGAUUUUUGCAACUUGCCCGCUUUUGUUUUGUUGGAUCUGUUUACAUAGUUGACACAUCUGUUCCUUAAAAUAUAGUCAGACCCACAAAGGCACACGAUAGAGAGGACGCUCCUUGGUGUUCCAUGGCCAUUGCCUGUAGUACACUCAAGAUGGCUGCCACAAAUUGUCGAUAACAUUGUCAUGGACACAAUUGUUCAGUUUCUUGACCAUGACAUUCAGAAUGGCGGGAUGUUUGUCAUACUCCCCCCCCCAAUAUUAUUUACAUUCAUACUUGUCAUUUCACUAUGAUCUCCCUUCUUUUUUUUUUGUCUAGGGGUUAGAUAUUUUUUCAACAUCUGUGGAUUUGUGUUUCUUUACUUCUAUCUCUUUUCUGUCAUUGUUUUUCAUGUUUGCCAUAAACCUGAAUAAAAAUAGAAAACACAAGGGGGAACGUAGUUGCUACCAAAAUAUCCAAGUAAAAGCAAUGCCUUUUUAACAUAUUGGAUCGUCGAGCUAAUGAUAUUAUCAAAGAUUGUACGGCAGCCAUGUUGUAGCCUACCGGCCAAAUGACCGUCAGGGAGUCCCAUUCUGUUAAGGACGGUGGCCAACCCAGUGCUCUUUAAAUCUGUGUUUUCAAAGAUGUCAAAUGAGAUGAAUCUCACUGCACUUAAUUUGUGGCAUUUUAAGUAGUUCUAUUUCACUGUAGUCCCAUAUUUGUAUUAAAGAUAUUAAAAGAAAAGUUUAUCUAAUAAAAUUUCCAAGUGUUAAAGA